AUGCCAGUCCAAGUCCCCAUAGACAACCCCAACGCCGACACUGAAUGGAACGACAUCCUCCGCGCCCACAAGAUCAUUCCCGAGAAGCCCAAAGACCCCGAACCCGCCAUACAGGAGGCGCUCCUCGCCGCUCACCAACGUGCUCAUGACAACCGCCUGGAGGACAAGACCCUUUCCGAACUAGACGAUCUCGAAGACCUGGAAGACGACGAUUUCUUGGAAUCCUAUCGCCAGAAGCGCCUCGCCGAAAUGAACGAGCUGAGUCAAGCAAGCAAGUUCGGGAGCGUGCUGCCACUACAGAAAGCAGAGUACGCGCGGGAAGUGACGGAGGCGAGUCGGGAGGCGUGGGUCGUGGUUGUGAUGGGCAGUAAUGGGAGUGAGCCCAAGAACGCAACGGAGAGCAGGGUGCUGGAGCAGUUGUUGCCGCAAUUAGCGUCCAAGUACCCUGAGGUCAAGAUCUUGAGCAUUAGGGCAGACUUGUGUGUCGAGAAUUAUCCGGAGCGAAACACGCCUACGAUUUUGAUAUACAAGGACACGAAUAUUGCGAAGCAGGUUGUCACGUUAGGCUUCCUGAAUGGCGUCAAAACGAGUCUAAGGAAUUUGGAAUUGUUGUUAGUCGAAGUCGGGGCGGUCAAAGAAGGCGAUACUAGAUUGAGGGACAUGGACGCAGAUGGUGAACCUGGCGAAAAGGACAGGCGAACGGGCAUCAGGAGUGGCGGCGUAGGGAAAGGAGCAAGAGUGGAAGAUGGAGACGAUGACGAUUGGGAUUGA